UAAACUGAUUCUUUUCACUUUCUCGCAAGUUCGGAAACCUUUCCUUCACUUUCUCAUCAUCCAAACACCAAAACCAUCAACAACCAUGACAACAAUCAGUCUCCGGAAGGGAAACACACGUCUUCCACCGGAAGUUAACCGCGUCCUCUACGUUCGCAACCUUCCCUUCAACAUAACAAGCGAAGAAAUGUACGAUAUAUUCGGCAAAUACGGUGCUAUUCGUCAGAUCCGAAUCGGAACUAACAAAGACACGCGCGGCACCGCUUUUGUCGUUUACGAAGACAUUUACGACGCUAAAACUGCCGUCGAUCAUCUCUCUGGUUUCAAUGUCGCUAAUCGAUAUCUCAUCGUUCUUUAUUAUCAGCAUGCUAAGAUGAGUAAGAAGUUUGAUCAGAAGAAGAAGGAAUUUCGUAAAUUUUAUUGA